AUGUCGAGACAUUAUAAUACCGUUGAACGUCUGGACAGGCCUAGUGCCUAUUACCAGAGCAAGAGCAAGCGCCGCAGAUAUAACGACCGAGACGACGACAAGCACGAGGACCCUAACGAUAGCCUGAGAAAUGCCACAACUCUCUAUGUUGGUAAUCUUUCGUUCUACACAACCGAAGAGCAAAUUCACGAGCUGUUCGCCAAAUGCGGCGAAAUUAAACGUCUAGUCAUGGGAUUGGACCGUUUCCAGAAAACCCCAUGCGGUUUCUGUUUUGUGGAGUACUACACUCACCAGGAUGCGCUGGACUGUUUGAAGUAUAUCGGAGGAACCAAGCUCGAUGAACGAAUUAUUCGUACAGAUCUUGAUCCUGGGUUUCAAGAGGGGCGUCAAUACGGGCGUGGAAAAUCUGGCGGACAGGUGCGAGACGAAUACCGAGAGGAAUACGAUCCCGGUCGUGGAGGAUAUGGACGAUCAGUCGCAGAUCAGCGCAGACGAGAAGAGGAAGAAUAUGGAAAGGGCAGGUAG